GCUAAUUUCAGCAUUGUGCGAUGGUAUUGCGAGAGUAAGCUGGCCGGGCUCCAGAGUGUACUAAAAGAAGAGAGGCCAAAUGGCCAAGGAGUUCCAAUUUAACUGGCGCCCCAAUGUGCCUAGUUUACUCCAACAUGGCUCCAUUUUCGAUCGCUACGAUGACGAGAGCAUUUGCUUGGAGACUAAUGCCCAUGUCAAAGUCGAUGAAUACGGGUUCUUUCUUUACUGGCUCAUAGAAGCUAGAGAUGCAGUCGUCUUGGACAUGGGGCAGGUCUGGGAGGCGCGCCCCGCUGGGCUACCCAAAGAUGGACGAGUACUUUUUGAACUUGAGCAACGGGGUCCUCGAGAGACACUCGAGGAAAGAACAAUAUGGAUUACACAUGGUCAAGAUCUCGUCAAUGUUCAGAGUUUUUACCUUGUAGCUGAGACGGUUGAAAUUGCCAAGGCGUGGCGGAUAGGGAUAAAUGAAAUUUUGAAAAACUGCAAAACUCGCCAUGUUUGUCCCACGACCAAUCUUCUCAGAUACUGGAAGUGGUUAACUCUAAGUGUGAACGAUCGGCGGAAAAUACCCAUAAAGCUUCUCGUCAAAACUUUCGCUUCUGGCAAACCCGAAAAGAUGGUACUCAAAUGCCUAAGCGAUCUUGGUCUCUGUGGAGAUAAGUACACGGUUCCGCGAGUGAUGAAUCGUUCGAUGGGCAAGAAGAUCAGCAACAUCUACAAAUGCAGUAACAGUCGGAAGAAGAAGGAGCGAGAAGAAUUAGAUGUGGAAAUACUGACUUUUGAGAAGUUUAUUCGACUCUACAACAAGAUUUGUCCGCGUUCCGAAGUUCAGGAGCUGUUUGUCAAAUUGAGCGGGCAGAAAGAGUAUCUUACACGAGAUCGAUUGACUAACUUCCUAAAUGAGGAGCAAAGGGAUCCCAGGCUAAAUGAAAUACUUUUUCCCUUUUUCGACAACACCAAGACACAAGUACUCAUAGGCAAGUAUGAGCAAGACAACAACUAUAUAGAAAAUGGAAAAAUGUCUGGAGACGCGUUUCUUCGUUUCUUGAUGUCUGAUGAGAAUUCACCCGUGUUCUUGGAUCGAAUUGACAUGCACCAGGAUAUGGAUCAACCGCUCUGUCACUACUACAUUAAUAGUUCACAUAAUACGUAUUUGACGGGUCGUCAGUAUGGAGGGAAAUCUUCCUCUGAAAUUUACCGACAAGUUUUAUUGUCGGGUUGCCGCUGUAUUGAGCUAGAUUGUUGGGACGGAACGGGAGAAAAUAAGGGAGAACCGAUUAUCACACACGGGAAAGCGAUGUGCACAGAUGUCUUCUUCAAGGAUGUACUUUAUCAAAUACGGGACACGGCAUUUGCUCGGUCGGAAUAUCCUGUCAUUCUCUCCUUCGAAAACCAUUGCUCCAAAUCAAAUCAGCUGAAAAUGGCCAAGUACUGCAUGGACAUAUUUGGCGACUUGUUGCUGAGUAAACCGCUGGAAGACUACCCCUUGGAACCUGGAGUUCCUCUUCCAUCUCCGAAUCGUUUGCGAAGGAAAAUUCUGAUCAAAAAUAAAAGACUGAAACCGGAGACAGAAAAACAUCAGCUGGAACAAUUUCUGCGCGAGGGAAAGCUGGAUGAGGAAGACGAGAUAGCUGAAACUCCCGAAGUUGUCGGCGAGGAUUCCGUAUCACCGCCUGGUGAUCAACGUGCCCAUCCGGAAGUCGAAGCCCCACCAGUAAUAUCCUGCCCUGUUAUCAAACCGCCUACUUUGGGCGAAACACCUCCCCCGUAUAAGGAACCCGACGAGGCACAUCCGGAGUUAAAGCAGAAUUUCAUUUCCAAGAAUUUGAAAUCGCUUGGGUUCACCAAGAAACAGCCGAUUUUGACAAAGGAGGAAGAAGAGCGCAUAUUUAUGGAGUAUCACUACACCGGAGCAACAACGAAUAUCCAUCCACUGCUAUCCUCGCUCAUUAACUACACCCAUCCAGUCAAAUUUAGCGGGUUUGAUGUUGCCGAAGCCAACAAUAUGCACUACCAUAUGUCAUCGUUUGCUGAAAGUACCGGUCUUGGGCAUUUGAAGCAGAACGCUCCCGAGUUUGUCAACUACAACAAGCGGCAGCUUAGCAGGAUAUACCCAAAGGGCGCAAGGAUGGAUUCGAGUAACUUCUUGCCACAGAUUUUCUGGAAUGCCGGUUGUCAAAUGGUGGCAUUGAACUUUCAAACUCCUGAUGUAUCAAUGCAGCUGAAUAUGGGAAAGUUCGAGUACAAUGGAGGUUGCGGGUUCUUGUUGAAGCCAGAUUUUAUGCGUCGUCCCGACCGAACAUUCGAUCCAUUUUCAGAGUCACCGGUGGAUGGUGUGAUAGCAGCUCAUUGUAGCGUGCGGGUAAUCUCGGGACAGUUCCUCACCGACAGAAAGAUUGGUACAUAUGUGGAAGUAGAGAUGUACGGCCUCCCGACCGAUACCGUUAGAAAAGAGCACAGGACAAGGACUAUUCCUGCUAACGGCUUGAAUCCUGUUUAUGCUGAAGCUCCAUUUGUAUUUAGAAAGGUAGUGCUUCCGGAACUGGCAGUUUUGAGAUUUGCCGUAUAUGAUGAGAAUGGUAAACAACUCGGACAACGCAUUCUUCCACUAGAUGGUUUGCAGGCUGGUUAUCGUCACAUAUCACUCAGAUCCGAUACAAAUCAAACUAUGGUGCUCUCGCCCACUCUAUUUGUACACAUUGUUAUCAAGACGUAUGUUCCUGAUGAACUUAGUGGCCUUGUGGAUGCACUUGCUGAUCCAAGAGCUUAUCUCUCGGAGCAAAGGAAGCGGGAAGAAGCUCUGGCUCAUAUGGGAGUGGACGACAGUGAUAUCGUCGAGAUCCCUGCGAAGAAUAGUGCCGCGAAGAACAAAGUGUUGCAGAAAACAAACGGAUCCGCUGCUAAUUUGCUCAAUGAUAGAGAGAAUCCUCCAUCAUCAGCGCGGUCUGAUGGCAACGCGGUUGCAACUUCGAAGGUAAACAACGAGGCACCUCCUGUUGAUAAAUUCAAGGUUGAGCCGAUCGAAGUGGACGACUUGAAGAAGGACAAGGCGUUUAUCAAACUCCUCAAGAAGUUCCAGAAGGAAAGCGAUGACCUAAAAAAGAAACAUCAGAAGCAGCGCGACAGCAUUCAGAAGCAGCAGCAAACAAACGUGGACAAGUUGAUAACAAACAACCGUCGAUCCACGAGAAAGGAGAAAGGAGGCAGGCGACUGGCAAGCGAGAAUCUUGAUUCGGCCAGUGCUAGCAGCAUGGCGAACAGUGAUCGAGUACGCUCACUUGUUAAUGUACAAACAGACGAAUGGUCUGCAAUGAUGCGACGACAUGAGGCGGAAGAGUUCGAGUUGCGGAAAUCUCAACUACGUGAGGAAACCGAAAUGCUCAGAAAACUUCUGCUUGAGGCGCAGAAGGUGCAAAUGCAGGGUCUGAAGCUGCGGCUGGAAACUGAGUCAAAAGAGCUGAAGCAGACGCAAACAAAGAAGAGUAUGGAAGACGCUAAAGUUUUGAACCUCGACAAGGGAAUCAAGACAAAAGCGGAACGAGAACGUCGGUUGAAAGAGUUGCACGAGAAGAACCUGAAGAUGUUUGUGGAAGAACGGAAACGACUGGCAAAGAAAGGAGAAAAGCACGAGGAACAGCUUGCAAAACAGAAGAUCAGCUGUCCUCCAAGCCAGCCUCUUUGGUCUGACAAGAAGUUCCUAUAUCAAGUGCACAUUGUCUGUGAUUCUCGAAGAUCGGCAUCAAAUGCUCACUGUCGUAUGGUCUCUCCUUGUUUGUGUCGGUUUAUCAUGUAGUUUUUAUCAUCGCCUACUUAUCUCGGAACAGUCACAUCAUUGUCGCAACUAUUGCAUUUUUCUCCUAGGUAAGCAUGUUGCAAAUGCAAUGAUUGCGGUUUAUCUAGAUCGUUUCGCUUGUUGAUUCGUUGUGAUAUGUGUAGCUACAGAUGACUAAGGCUGGUACACUGCAUAGCCAUUCAGACACUUCUUGUGUCUGUUUUUCUUUCUUUUUUCCUCUCAUUUUCCUCUUUCCUGUACGUUGGUGUGUACGUUUAUCAUCUCCUACACUGCUUCAAGCGCUCGUGAUUAGCCAAAUUUUGCCCUAUCCGGUAUACGUUCCUGUGACAAUGUUUUGUUCUCUCAAUGUUGAUUCCAUCAUUUUCUUUUUUUUAUUGAUAUUCCUUGACGGGAUCUUCACUUCUCCAGUCUCCAAUCAUCCCAGCCAUCAUUCCAUAAUUUAGGUGAUUAUUAAGCUACUUAAUAGCGUUGCUGUUUCUCAUCGUAACAGUAUUCAAUUUUUUGAUCGUGUUCAUUAUGAUUGAUGAGAUUGUUCAUAGAAUUCUAUGAACGCUAUUGAAACGGUUAAAUAUCUAUAAAUCACUAUGUAUUUUAUGACCAUUCGCAGAGAUAUGUAUCUAGCUCCAAGCACAAUCUCGGAAC